AUGGCUGAUAACAGUAAAUUGGAUAAUCAAAGAAUUAAGAACUUCAAGAAGAAAGGGCGAGAUCUCGAGACGGUGAGACGACAACAGAAUGAGAUUGUUGUUGAGCUGAGAAAAAUCAAGAGAGAUGAACACUACUUAAAGCGGAGGAAUGUUCUCGUUGGCAAUGAAGAAUCUGAUCCGGAUGGUGAUGUCAAACUUCAGAGUGUAUCAUUAGAAGAAAUAAUUAGAAAUGCAGCGAGUGAUAACCAGGAAAUUCAGCUCAAUGGUGUGCAAGCUGCCAGAGAGUUGAUCUCCAGUGAAUAUGCGCCUUCAAUCGGUGAUUUAAUCACCUCUGGCAUUUUGCCACUUCUAAUGCAUUGCUCGGAACAGGACCAAAAUCAUCCAUUACAGCUGGAAGCAGUGUGGGCUUUGGCAAAUAUUGCUUAUGGUUCUUCAGAGCACACAGAGGCUCUGAUUAAAUUAAAUGCAGUCCCACUCUUGUUAAACCUGCUGAGCUCCCCACAUCAGGAUAUAUGUGAGCAAGCACUCUUGGCCUUGGGCAAUAUCAUAGCCGAUGGGCCCAAAUAUAGAGAUUAUGUCAUUAGUUUAGGAGUGAUAAAACCUUUACUUGCUUUUGUCAGUUGUUCAGUUCCCCUUGGUCUGCUUCACACAAUCACAUGGGUCAUUGUCAAUCUCUGCCGUCAGAAGGAUCCUCCGCUGCCAAAGGAAAUCGUUCAAGAGAUUCUUCCAGCUCUGUGUGUCCUUAUUCAGCACAAUGAUGUUCACACGUUAAUAGACUCCGUCUUGGCUUUGUCCUACAUAACCGAUGCUGAAGAUGACCAGAUUCAGAUCGUUAUAGAUUCAGGAAUUGUUCCUCAUUUGGUGCCUCUUUUUGGCCACCAGGAAGUUAAUAUUCAGACUGCAACAUUGCGAGCUGUAGGAAAUAUAGUGACGGGUACUGAUGAACAAGCACAAGUAGUCUUGAACUGCGGAGCCCUUACUUAUUUCUCAACAUUGUUAACUAAUUCCAAUGCAAGACUUAGUAAAGAUGCUGUAUGGUUUCUUUCCAAUGUCACUGCUGGCAACCAGCAGCAAGAACAGGCAGUGAUCAGUGCCAACCUCAUUCCUCUGGUUGUUAACCUAAUGGAAAAUGGUGACUAUGCAACUCAGAAGGAAACUGCUUGGGUCAUAGCCAAUCUAGCUAAUAGUGGCAGAAAAGAACAGAUUGAUUAUCUCAUUGAACAAAAUGCAAUAAUUCCAUUUUGCAAGCUCCUUACGCUGAUGGAUCCUCAGAUAGUUAUAGUAGUGCUGGAUGGGUUAAGUAAUAUCAUAAGUACAGCAAAUGAUAAAACUGAACUGAUUGCAAAUCAAAUUGAAGAAUGUGGAGGUUUGCAACUAAUUGAGCAGUUACAACUGCAUGAAAAUGAGGAAAUAUAUAAACUGGCAUAUGAUAUCCUUGAUCAGUUGACAGCUGAGGACGAGGAUAGCUCUUAUCUGGUAACAACAAAAAUGGAAGAUUCCAAACUUCAUUUUAAUUCAGGCGAUCCAGAGAGAGGGUUUCAGAUCUAA